CUGCCAGAGGAGGGAGAAGUGCCUUUUUGACAACUUUUCCCAGUGGAAGCACUGAACGGUCCCGACCAUGAGAAGUGUGUGUUUUUGCUUCUGUCUGGCUCUGCUGCUGCCUCGGUGCAUCCAGAGCCAGAGGAGCCGUCCAGCUUUCGCCCAGCUGGAUGAAGACACUCAGAGGGACGUGCUGGCCGUCGACAUCUUAAACCGGAGCGGAGUGCUGAACUCGCUGCUCCGGUCGGAGCAUCACCUGGUGUUCAGGCGAGCGCGACCUCCACGGCCCGCCUCCCAGGUGCCAAAGAGAGCCCAGCAGGGGUCACGCUUUGCCCUGUCCCUCGACGUGCCCACCAGCAUCCUCAGCGUCCUCAUAGACCUCGCCAAGAACCAGGACAUGAGGACGAAGGCGGCAGCCAAUGCAGAACUGAUGGCCCGAAUUGGCAAAAGGAAAUGAAAUCAGUCCCGAAGGCAGAAAGAGCGACAGUCAGAGAUCAGUAUCUGUCCGUUAGAGCUUAGAGCCGUUUUGUGCUUAGUUACCGAUUCUACAUCCAAGCCGACUCUUCAAGCAUCAACAGACGCAAAGAUGUGAAACACUGAACUCCGCAAACAACGCGCAGCAAAUAAAGACAGAUGCCGGUCUUUUUGUUCCGACUGAUGAUGCACCACAAGGUCAGGCGGUUUGAAAAUGUGUCUCUUUUGUUUGCAUGCAUGACUGUC